AUGGACAAAUAUACGGCGGCUAAAGACCAGCUUACUCGACAGAUCGUGCAAAAGCAGGAGCUUGACGCUCGAUUGGCUAAGUUAGAAGACACUAUCUAUGAUAAAGAGACAGAAUACUUUAAUGAGAGCAUGUACGGAAAUAUAGUCAAAGGAUUUGACAACUUUGCGAAAAACAGUAGUGGAAGCUCUAACAAAAAGAGAUUGCAGUACACAGAUGAUGAUCAUGUGUUUAGUCUUAGUUCAUCUACCUUUGUUCGUGCGAUGAUGAAAAGGCAGGGAUUGGGUUCAAGCUCGAAAGAAGACUUUGAUGACUAUGAGGACACAGUGGAGCCAAUUCAACAGCCUCCGGCAAAUGGUACUUCUGCUACUUCCCCGAGCAAUUCUGCGAACACCCCAAAUUCAUCCACCCCAGGAAGAAAGAGAAAGGCAAGAACUUUCGAUGAUUAA